GCGGCCCGCCGGGCCAUGGAACCCGCCGAAGUUGGCGCGGUUCGAGCUCUCCUGUUCGCUCGCUCGGGCGCCUUCCCCCCGUGAGGCCCGUGGGCGCUCGGCCGGGGAUCGGCGGCUGCCUGGGCCGCUCCGCCCGCCUCCGCCGCUCGGCCGGGCGCGCGCCGCGCUCCCGCGGCCGAUCCCCGCGCGUGCGCGCUCUGCCGAGUGUAUGUGUGUGAGUGUGUGUGCGGCCGAGGGGUGGUCCGCCGCUGCCGCCGACGAUGCCGCGGGGCCGCCCCCCGAAGCCCAAGGAGAGCAAGGCGCGCGGCGACACCGAUGGAGUUUUAACAUUGAAUGCGGAGAACACUAAUUAUGCCUAUCAAGUUCCAAACUUCCAUAAAUGUGAAAUCUGUCUGCUAUCUUUUCCAAAAGAGUCCCAGUUUCAACGCCACAUGCGGGAUCACGAGCGAAACGACAAGCCACAUCGCUGUGACCAGUGCCCCCAAACCUUUAAUGUUGAGUUCAACCUGACACUUCACAAAUGCACCCACAAUGGGGCGGACCCCACCUGUCCCGUGUGUAACAGGAAAUUCUCCAGAGUGGCUAGUCUCAAAGCGCAUGUUAUGCUGCAUGAAAAGGAAGAGAACCUCAUCUGCUCUGAGUGUGGGGAUGAGUUCACCCUGCAGAGCCAGCUGGCCAUACACAUGGAGGAGCACCGCCAGGAGCUGGCUGGGAACCGGACCCACACCUGCAAGGCCUGCAGGAAGGAGUUCGAGACACCAGCACAGCUGAAGGAGCACAUGAAGACUCAUUGUAGAGCCAGGGUGUCCAGUACCCGGUCCUACAAUCGGAACAUCGACAGGAGCGGGUUCACGUACUCCUGCCCGCACUGUGGGAAGACAUUUCAAAAGCCAAGUCAGUUAACGAGGCACGUGCGGAUACACACAGGUGAAAGGCCAUUUAAAUGUAGUGAAUGCGGCAAAGCUUUUAACCAGAAGGGGGCGUUGCAGACACACAUGAUUAAGCACACAGGUGAAAAGCCCCACGCCUGUGCCUUUUGUCCCGCCGCCUUUUCUCAGAAAGGGAACCUGCAGUCACACGUUCAGAGAGUCCACUCGGAGGUCAAGAAUGGCCCUACCUAUAAUUGUACGGAAUGCAGUUGUGUAUUUAAAAGUUUAGGCAGCUUAAACACUCACAUCAGCAAGAUGCACAUGGGUGGGCCACAGAAUUCCACAGGCGCUGCAGAGACUGCUCACGUUUUAACGGCCACACUAUUUCAGACCUUACCUGCUCAGCAGACGGAGGCCCAGCUGGCGUCCGCCAGUCGGCAGAGCUCACAGGCCGCAGCCGAUGUCAUCCAGCAGCUCCUGGGGCUCUCGGACCCGGGAACAGUGGAGCCCAGCCCGCCCCAAGCUGGCCAGCAACUGGGCAUCACUGUGGGCAUCAACCAGGACAUCUUGCAGCAAGCCUUAGAAAACAGUGGGCUGUCUUCAAUUCCAGCUGCAGCGCCUCCGAGCGACCCCAGCCACACCAAGGCCCCCGUGGUACAGGGGCAGAAUCCGGACACACCCAGCGUCUCCAGUGAGCCGACCGAGCCUGUGGAUGCCGAGCCAGAAAAAGAGCAGGAGAGCCCAGAGAGGUUGGAUAAAAAAGAAAAAAAGAUUAUAAAGAAGAAAUCCCCGUUUCUACCUGGGUCGAUCCGCGAGGAGAACGGAGUCCGCUGGCACGUGUGCCCGUACUGCACCAAGGAGUUCCGGAAGCCCAGCGACCUGGUGCGCCACAUCCGCAUCCACACCCACGAGAAGCCCUUCAAGUGCCCUCAGUGCUUCCGGGCCUUUGCGGUGAAGAGCACCCUGACCGCCCACAUCAAGACGCACACGGGGAUCAAGGCCUUCAAGUGCCAGUACUGCAUGAAGAGCUUCUCCACGUCGGGGAGCCUCAAGGUGCACAUCCGCCUGCACACAGGAGUCAGACCUUUUGCUUGUCCUCACUGUGACAAGAAGUUUCGAACCUCAGGCCACAGGAAGACCCACAUCGCUUCCCACUUUAAACACACGGAGUUAAGGAAGAUGCGACACCAGCGUAAACCUGCAAAGGUUCGUGUUGGCAAGGCGAACGUUCCAGUCCCCGAUAUUCCUUUGCAGGAGCCAAUUCUCAUAACAGACGUAGGUCUUAUCCAGCCCAUUCCAAGAAACCAGUUUUUUCAAAGUUAUUUUAAUAAUAAUUUUGUAAAUGAAGCAGAUAGACCAUACAAGUGUUUUUACUGUCAUCGUGCAUAUAAAAAAUCUUGCCAUCUUAAACAACACAUCAGGUCGCAUACCGGUGAAAAGCCUUUUAAAUGUUCUCAGUGUGGAAGAGGCUUUGUUUCUGCAGGAGUGCUCAAAGCACAUGUCCGAACGCACACUGGGCUAAAAUCUUUCAAGUGUCUGAUCUGUAACGGAGCUUUCACCACCGGUGGCAGCUUACGGCGACAUAUGGGCAUCCAUAAUGACCUUCGUCCCUAUAUGUGUCCUUAUUGCCAGAAAACUUUUAAGACCUCACUAAAUUGCAAGAAGCACAUGAAAACCCAUAGAUACGAACUUGCCCAGCAGCUCCAGCAGCAUCAGCAAGACCCAUCGAUAGAUGAGGGCGCCGUAGACCAGCAGAGCAUACAGGCCUCCACCCAGAUGCAGGUGGAGAUGGAGGGCGACGCACUGCAGCGGACCGCCGAGGCUGUGGCGGCCACCCCUGAAGCCAUGCUGGGUCUGGAGCCAGCCCCGGUUGUGGGCACUGAGGGGACCGGGCUUGGCCAGCAGAUGACAGAUCAGCCUUUGGAAACAGAGGAAGAUAGGUUUGUGGCCCCACAGCACACUCUGCAAGGGCCGGUGGACCAGUUUGAAGAGCAGGCUCCGCCACAGCAGUGCUUCGAACCGGCAGGCUUAUCGCAGGGUUUUACAGUGACUGAUACAUACAAUCAACAGACUCAGUUCCCACCUGUCCAGCAGUUACAGGAUUCGAGCACACUGGAAUCUCAGGCUCUCUCCACGAGUUUCCACCAGCAGAAUUUACUUCCAGUUCCCAGCUCGGAUACGAUUAAUGUAAUUCAAGAGUCCUCUGCGGAGGAGCUGGACCUGCAGACUCCACGCCCCCCAUUCCUGGAGGACAGUGAGGAACAGAGCCGGCGCUCCUACAGAUGUGACUAUUGCAACAAGGGCUUUAAGAAGUCCAGCCACUUGAAGCAGCACGUGCGAUCACACACUGGGGAGAAGCCCUACAAGUGCAAGCUCUGUGGACGUGGCUUCGUGUCCUCUGGGGUCCUCAAGUCCCAUGAGAAGACACAUACAGGAGUCAAGGCUUUCAGUUGCAGUGUCUGCAAUGCUUCCUUCACCACCAACGGCAGCCUCACCAGGCACAUGGCAACGCACAUGAGCAUGAAGCCUUACAAGUGUCCGUUCUGCGAGCAGGGCUUCCGAACCACAGUUCAUUGUAAAAAGCACAUGAAGAGGCACCAGACAGUUGCCUCUGCAGCGUCGGCACCAGGAGAGGCAGAAGGAGGGGAGAUGGGUCUGGAGGAAGAGGAAGAAAAUUCUGAAAGGAACACGUCUAGGAAGGCUCGUCCUGAGGUCAUCACCUUCACAGAGGAGGAGACGGCACAGUUGGCCAAAAUUCGGCCGCAAGAGAGUGCCACGGUCUCUGAGCAGGUGCUGGUACAGUCGGCUGCGGAGAAGGACCGCAUCAGUGAGAUGAAGGACAGGCAGGCGGAGCUGGAGGCUGAGCCCAAGCACGCCAACUGCUGCUCCUACUGCCCCAAGAGCUUCAAGAAGCCCAGCGACCUGGUCAGGCAUGUUCGAAUCCACACUGGAGAAAAGCCAUAUAAAUGUGAGGAAUGCGGGAAGAGUUUUACGGUUAAAUCUACCCUAGACUGCCACGUGAAGACGCACACAGGUCAGAAGCUCUUCAGCUGUCAUGUCUGCAGCAAUGCCUUCUCUACGAAGGGCAGCCUGAAGGUCCACAUGCGCCUACACACGGGGGCAAAGCCCUUCAAGUGCCCCCACUGUGAGUUACGUUUCCGCACGUCUGGCCGGAGGAAGACCCACAUGCAGUUCCAUUACAAGCCUGACCCCAAGAAAGCGCGGAAGACUGCGCCCCGGACUUCGUCUGAGGGCCUGGCGCCCGUGAACGUCGUCCAACCGUCGCCCUCAGACCCCAGUGUGUUCAUCAUGAACAGCUCUGUGCUGACGGGGCAGCUGGACCAGAACCUGCUGCAGCAGGGCCUUGUGGGCCAGGCGGUCCUCCCUGCCUCCGUGUCAGCUGGUGGUGACUGGACAGUGUCUUUGACGGACGGGAGUCUAGCUGCCCUAGAAGGCAUACAGUUACAACUCGCUGCUAAUGUGGUCGGGUCAAAUGUUCAAAUUUCUGGAAUCGAUGCCUCCAGCAUUAAUAAUAUCACGCUCCAGAUUGACCCAAGUCUUCUGCAGCAGACGUUACAGCAGGGCAACUUGCUUGCUCAGCAGCUGACCACGGAGUCUGGCCUGGCCUCACAGAACAGCUCUCUGCAGACACCAGACAGUGCGGUCCCAGCCAGUGUCGUCAUCCAGCCCAUCUCCGGCCUGUCCUUACAGCCCACCGUGACAUCUGCCAAUCUGACCAUAGGCCCCCUCUCGGAGCAGGAUUCCGUGCUGACCACCAGCAGCAGUGGGACGCAGGACCUCUCUCAGGUGGUGACGUCGCAGGGCCUAGUGUCCACCUCCACUGGCCCCCACGAGAUCACCCUGACCAUUAACAACUCAAGUCUGAGCCAGGUGCUGGCCCAGGCUGCUGGGCCCACGGCUGCGUCGUCCUCAGGGUCCCCGCAGGAAAUUACCCUGACCAUCUCUGGUCAAGAUCUUAUUCAACACAGUUCUAACGGAAGUAGUGAAGUAAACGGAAGCAUAAGAUUGUCCGCACCUGCAAUCAGUAGUCAGUCCACAGGUGCCACCUUGACCAUAAGCAAUGAUCAGCUUCUCUCCCAGAGUGCAGCACUGACCUCCUCAGAACUUAAUACUACAACUGGAAGCCUUCCUUCGACCACACCAAUGUCCCCAUCUGCCAUGUCUGCUCAGAACCUGGUCAUGUCCUCGUCAGGUGUGGGGGGAGAGGCCAGCGUCACGCUGACCCUGGCCGACACUCAGGGCCUGCUCUCCGGGGGACUGGACACGGUCACGCUCAACAUCGCUUCUCAGGGUCAGCAGUUCCCAGCCUUACUCACAGAUCCCUCUCUCUCGGGCCAGGGGGGAGCAGGCUCACCCCAGGUCAUCUUGGUGAGCCACACCCCGCAGUCGUCAUCAGCCACUGGUGAGGAGAUCACCUACCAGGUGACAGAUGUCUCUGCCAGCCUGGCCCAGGGUGGCCAGCCAGAGAAGGAGGGCCGGCUGCACCAGUGCCUGGAGUGCGGUCGCACCUUUGCGUCGGCCGCUCUGCUGCUGCACCACAGCAAGGAGGUGCACGGCCGGGAGCGCAUCCACGGCUGUCCAGUGUGUAGGAAGGCCUUCAAGCGUGCCACGCACCUCAAGGAGCAUAUGCAGACACAUCAGGCUGGUCCCUCCCUAAGCUCUCAGAAGCCCAGGGUGUUCAAGUGUGACACUUGUGAAAAGGCAUUUGCCAAACCAAGCCAGCUGGAGCGCCACAGCCGCAUCCACACAGGGGAGCGGCCGUUCCAUUGCAGCCUGUGUGAGAAGGCCUUCAACCAGAAGAGUGCCCUGCAGGUGCACAUGAAGAAGCACACGGGGGAGCGGCCCUACAGGUGUGCCUACUGCAUCAUGGGCUUCACACAGAAGAGCAACAUGAAGCUGCAUGUGAAGCGGGCCCACAGCCACGUGGGAAGUUUGCAGGAACCCGCAGGCCCCCAGGAGCACAGAGGCGAGGCGCUAAGCCUGGACGAGGUGGUGCAGGAACCCGCAAGUGAGUGGCAGGCCCUGGCCAAUGUGUUCUGACACCGCCCGAGCCUGAGAAUGUAAUCAGAGUGAAGCGUGGAGAAGAGCGGAGCCCUAGGGAUUUCUGUUUUGAAGCGUCAAGUGUUAAAAAAUGUUACCACAGAGUUUUUUUUUCUUGAAGCUAUAAAAUUAUCUAAAGAAUCACUGACUUUCAGAGACUUACAGGAAAAAACUGGGAAGGACAGAAGCACGUUGUCAUUUGUCUGCAAAUCACUGAACUCAGGUACUUCAACAGCAGUUUCACCUACUCCGUGGCCAGUGCAUCUAGUUAAAAAGAAGUUAACUGGAUCUUACUAUCAUUGUAGUGUGAUUUCUUUGUAUUAGCAAAGACAGAUGUUAACAUGGAAAAAAAAUAGAUAGGUUUUCCUUCAUGCUUUCUGUUAUAAGAAGCAUAGCUCAUAAGACAAACAUAAGAUAGGUGCAUGAACUUCAGAAAAAAGUGUUAGAACACAGGGAAGCUUUUUCCAUUUUUUUCUCUGUGAAUUUUGAAAUUAGUAGAACUUGACCCUUUUUAGUCUACCAUAAGGUAAUAUGACUAAUACCUUGAGAGGUGGCUGGACCAAUUCUCUCUCUGUAACAGAUACCUAAUCAUUAGCUACAAGAACGCAGUACCUGGGUUGUGAACAGGGACAGAGGCAGCCUGACACCCAGGUGGGGCUCCGCCGCCCGCACAGGGUGACGUCACACUUGCUUCCUGAGUCGCUAACGCAGGUCCUUGGUCGGGUCGUUGCAGAAAGCACAGCCAUAUGUUGCAAACAGGAGAUCACAGAGUUGUCCCCUAGGGACCAAGUUGCUCGAUAAUUCAGACACGUGUUCGUAUCUUAAGGAUGAGAACCUGUACAAGCCCCGUGGUUUUUCUCUUGUGUGUAAGCGGGUGUGCUUUUCAUUUCAGGGAAUUCUCUAGUCUCAUCAAUGGUGCCACGUUGAACAUGUCCCAAACCAAAUCCCACCCCGUGCUGGGGUGGGGCGUGUCAUUCCCACAGCAUUCCAAAGAUGGAAACUUCUUUACUUCCCGUGAAUCUCUCCUUGAAGUUAUUUAUAUGUUCUAUAUAUAAAUACAUAUGUACAUAAGCAGAUAUAUGGGCCUCUGUGUGGCUGAACAGUAUAUUUUGUAAAUAAGCACUAGUCUAAUUACAGAGAGCGCGACAGAGAUUUUACCUCCUGACAAGCACUUCAGAUCAGUAUUGUGUUCAUUUUAUUAAUAAACGAAUAUCCGUGUCAUUGUGACAUGACGCUGGGAUUGUUUUUUGGUUUUUGUUUUCCUGAAAAAUAAUUGCCUUUAUUUUCUCUCAUUGCCUCGCUGGUUUCAGAAGAGAGCAGUUUUAUUAUAAACAUUGUAUGGACUUUGUAUAUUAAAAGAGGGGCUCAUUUCAGAUUCCUGAAGAAAGAGACAUUUCACUGUUAUUUUUGAAGGGGGCAUCUUUUGAUUUUUUUUGUUAUCGUUCACACUUUCGGCGUAUGUAUAUAAGUAAUAUUGAUGGUGAUAUAAAAACUUUUGUUAUGUGAAAAUAUUUAAGUCAGAAAACUGUUAAAUAAUAUUACUUUUUUU